AUGAGAAUGGUGAUAUCCGUGGGAGAGGGGGUUAUGUCUACCCACCUGCACGGAAGCGAGACAACUAACAACAUGAAUCAAUUGCUCAUGACGAAUGGAACUCCCAAUCAACACAGAUAUGAAGGCACAGAUGGAACAGGUGGGACAGGUGGGACAGGUGGGACAGGUGGAACAGGUGGAACAGGUGGACACAGCGUUGUGGUGAUGAAGAACCAAAUGGCGCAAGGGGUGAAUACCCAAAGUGCACUGCAACCAACUGAUUACGUUGAUCACCUGAAGGAGGACACUCACAUACUUCCAAAAGCAAGUGACACAGUCGUGGAAAAUAUCAUGCCCUUUUAUUUAAAUGGAGAUGAAGACACACCAGAUUGUAAUCCGACACAAUUCACCUUCAACCAAUAUGAAAACACGAACGUUUGUUUCGACAAGGAAAACUCCUACACCACACCGAUAAAUCAGUUCGAGUACCUCAAUGAUAUGGACACCAAAGUGAGUCAGCUCUAUGAAGAAACCACCAUGGAAGGUACACACAACGACGAUGGUGCGACAAAUCUGCAGAUAGAACAGAUCUCCUCUCAUGUUCCAUACAUGCAUAUGAUCCCAAAUGACCAAAGGAAUGAACCCGGUAUUCGAUAUAACUCUCAGAUGAAUUAUCUGAAGAAAAAUGGGAAACCUAAUUAUGGUGGCAUUCAUGGAGGAAUAUUUUCAUCCCUUUUGAGAAAUGCAGGUAGAGUAGACUCCUAUGAGGUGAACUCCAGUGGGGCGAACUUCAGUGGAGACAAACCGGAGAACCUCAUGAUGGAUCACAUUUUAAAAAGGGCACUUCAAAGCAGCGAUAUUUUGCAGAAUGAAGUUUUGAGUAGCGACAUUCUGCAGAACGAAUGCGUUCCCAAUGGGUGUUCUUCUGACGAGUGUGCUUCUGACGGGUGCACCCCUCCACAACAAACCAUCAGCGACCACGAUGUCUACCCCCACCAAGGAAACUUCACCCGCGGAAGAGAAGAUGCCAAAAGGGAAUUCUACCUGAACAGUCAGGCGAUUUUAAACACGGAUCAUCUGACCAAGCAGAAUUCCCAAAUAAGGUACAGCACAGUGAAUGGAGGUGUAUUCCACCAGAGUUAUUCAGACAGUUAUCGACCUCCCAUCGAAGGGAGCCUUUUCUACAAUGCGCAAUUCGAUGGAGAGGGAAUACAUAAUCAGAAUGAAAAUAACCAUUCAAACAAGAGUGUCAAUCGAAGUUGCACAGAUGGACUAUAUUUCUACUACGGUGAAAACAACAAGGGGGAUGAUGGUACGGGGGAGAAAAGUUUUUAUGUAUCAUCAGGCCCAGUGAGCGACGCCAGUGUGGGUAGCGUUUCAACUGGGCUGAACACACAGACAACAAACUGGAAUGAUAAAAGAAUGAAUAACUUUGCACCGUUCAGAUGGAGUGAAGUCAGGAGAGCAGAUAACUCAAGCACUGUACGCAUCGAUGGAUUAUCUGUAAUAGGAGAGCGAUCUCCCUACGGUGUAACGAGUGAACGCAUCUUUUCUAUCCGUAGGAAGACAGAUGCACUGAGCACAGUGAACAAUACCUCUUUUAAUAUAGCUUGCCCGAAUGGUGAAGAAGAAAUCUCUCCCGAUUUUUCAGUUCAUACGACACAAAUUUGUAGACGAUUUAAUCAGGAAGGGGUUCCCCCCGAAGAGGAAAAAACUUAUGGAGAAUAUUCCACAGGGGAAUGUCAGGAGAUCUACUCCAUUACAAACAAAGACACAUUACCUAAUUACAUUUGUAAGUCUACUAAGGGGAUUUCCGAUUUGUGUUCCACCUUUUCGGGUGGUGAUUUAUCCUCCUUGGCUAAGCAGAUGGAUACGUUACAUGGGGAGGUAUAUAAGAGUGACUCUUCCCACUUGGGUUUAGAUCGCUCCUUCACCAACAGUAUACAAUGUAUUAAUGCCUGCGUAAAAGCAGAACCAAUUGUAGGGGAGGAGUGCAGUGAGGUGGCAAUAUUCGAUCAUGUAAAUCUUGGAGGGAGAGCACAUAGUAGGAAUCUUCCUCAUGGAGUGAACAAAGCGGAACCAUCAAGUGGAGAAAUGUAUUUUCCAAUAACCAUGUGUGCGAGCGCCCCUAAGGAGGAAUAUUCGGAGGGGACAGAACCCAUGCAGAACCCAUCAUAUAAUGGUAAUGAUCCGUAUCCUACUUUGUAUUCACAAAAUAACAUCUAUAACAACUUGUCGAAUUGUCAGAAAAACAAUCAAAUGAUCAAUCCCCCUGGAUCAGCUACCCAACCUCAGCAGUACAAUCGUUUCGAUCAUGGAGACACGAACAACAUUAAUGGUGAUUACUCGUUUCGGGAAGUAAAAGAGGAAGAAGAUGAACUACCCUCUGCACAUAACACCUACCCAUAUAGUUAUCAAAGUGAUGUAAUAUCUACUUGUGAAAAUAAUCCAAUGGAAAACCAUUUGCUACAUCGACAAGAUAUAUUUAACCAGGACAAUGUGUCCCAUUUUAGCCUGAACAGUGUAGCUGUGGAUUCAUUCGAAGAUAAUUACAAGGGAAGGAAGCGCGUGUCGUCUUCUAGCUCCAAUGGUUGUGAAGUAUCAGGAAACAGAAGUGUAUCUAUGGGUGUGAGUCUCCAUGAUGUUAGUCCUGUAGGAAACUCUCUAACGGAAGGUUCUACAACCGGUUUGCAGAAUCAAGACCCAUUCUCACGAAACAACACAUGUAGUGCCUAUACAAUGGACAUGAAUGUGGAAGGAAUGGAGAGAAAUCACUCCUCAAUGCUUAUGCCACGACUAAUCCAUAACGAUAUUCCUGCAAGUGCAAACCAUCAUGUGGGUGCUCAUCCACUGAUAACCAUGGUAGAAAAUAACUCCUUCAAAGGAUCGAAUGGGUUUGUUGAUGCAUCGACCAAAUGUGUUAACGUCUACGGGGGUGUCGAUAUGGUAGUCAUGUCCCCUUCGAAUAAAGGCUCUCCAAAUGGUGCAACUUACCUUGGAGAUGAACAUAUAUACAUGGGUUCUAACCGUUCUAGGAUAAUUAAUGGGUUCAAAGAUCCGUGUUCCAUGCAGAUAGAUGCAUCAAAUGGGUUGUACCCCCCCAAUGUAAGCACUAAUCAGAUGAGCACCUACCCAUACGAUUUCCUAACGUUCAAUCAAUCCAGUAGUUACUAUAAUGGUGUGAACGACGCAAUGGUGGAUGGAAGAACAGAUGAUGCAUCAUAUGGUUAUACCCAUGAAUCCGUUAGAGGGGAAAAUAAUUAUGUACAUCUCAAGGGAGAGUAUAAUAACAGUGAUGAAGAAAUUUGCAGUAGGAAUUACUCCACCAAGGUGAAUAUGAUAAAGACAAGGGGAUAUGCCCAUGUGUCUACAGGAGAUUAUGGAAAGGAUAGUAGGAGCAGUACAACGACAAGUGUACUAAAUGAGGAGAUUAUCACAGGGAGUGGUUUCUCUGGGGGGAAUAUGACCAUGCAAGGAGGUUCUUGUGUCGACAAUAUACGUGGGAAUCUGCUGAAAUUGAUGGCAAUGAAGUUAAGUGGAAACAGCGGUGCAGGUGACACGAAAGGAAUGAGGAACAUAGGGUGUGCAGGUGAUAUGGUGUACAACACCGAUUACAUUAACUUCAACGAUAAUCCCAACAAGUACAACUACUUUCUACAGACCAGUUGUAGUGUCAGGAGUGCCUACCCCGCCGGUGGUGUUUCAUCGAAGAAGUCACCGAUAAAAAAUAGCGUCCACGUAAACAAUGCUAUAAGCAAUUUCCACGCGGAUACUCCCCACAUGAUCAAAGCGGCCAUUGCAAAGAGGCACACGAUUCUUCCGCUGAGCCUCAGAGCGCAUAUCGUUAAACUGCCUGUUCGUACUGGUCCUAUCCGUACACCUCGCAUUGGUGUACCAUGGAUCUCUACACACUCCAUUCGUUGCCGCCGAAAUUGCCCCCCUCGUCUGGUCCACAUGUUCCAACUUCGCAUUGUCACCCCAGGAGCGGCCAUCACGAGGAUGAGUAUCAUCCGUUCCGUCGACCCUUCUGUCAACCGUUCUGUCCAUCGCUCUGUCGACCGCUCUGUCAACCAUAACUGUUUCAAGCCGAUUAACAGCGCUGGUGGGAAGAUACACGCUCCACUGGAAGACAGAGCACGUCCAAACGAACAAAUGUUACUGAUGAAUAGCACACAUGGAGAGAACACAGAAACCGAACUCAUGAAGGAUGAGAUCCCUCACAGUGGAAACGUAAUGUAUGGAGAUAAUAGAGCAUGCGAAAGUAGUAAUAAUGGCAACACUCCCAUCGAAAGAAAAGCAACAAAAAAACGAUCCAGAAAAUCAAGGGUAAAAAAAAAAAAUAAAGUCUUUGGGGGAAUUGUAAAAAAGGGAGGUAUUUCUUUCGACUUGGAGGUGGAAUCACGUAGGAUUAAGGAGACACCCUUCUGUGCUUACUCGUUGAUUGACUUACUUAAUAACCAGAACGUGGGUAGAAGGGAGGGGUUAAAGACAAUUGUGAAUGAAGGCAGAGAGAUGAUGUGGUGUUCAUGCGACAUUCACCAUGACGGUAAUUCCUUCACCGAUUAUGUAGACUUCCUGAAGGGGAAGACAAUGGAGGAGGACGACGAGGGAGAAGAGGAGGAACAACAACCGCAACAAGGACGGGCACAAGCACAAGGACAGGCACAAGGACACGCACAAGCGCAUGCAAAUGCACAUAGGCAACAGUUCGAAGAAAAUGAACGAACGGGUGAUAGUCGGCGCGAUGACCACGCAGACCGAACCGGCUCCAGGGAGGAAUAUCAGAUCGAUUCGUCGCACAAGAAAACGGAACGGAUCAGGAACGAAGAGCCAGAAAAGAUGAUGGAGGAACCAGUAGGUAACUCAGAAGAGAGAAAAUUCAUUCGGAAAUGCGACAAUGUAUAUUACAAUGUUAAUAAAAUAUGGUCUGCCAAUUUUAAUAGACCUUUGGGUGAUAUCGGUAGGAAAUUAAUUUUAAAAGAAAUUCGCGAACUGCAUUACAAGGAUGCAGCGAAGACAACAUCACUUCUAAUGCGUGAAGGACUAGAUUAUGGUAAGGUACGAUUCAUGAAGGUAAGCGAGUUGUAUCAUUAUAUGUACGCACUGGGUGUCUUUGAAUAUGCUGUGAAAAUUUCUCUGGAAUUUGGAUCUAACAUUAGAAUGAGCAGUGUAGUGUCUCAAGGAAAUUAUCGAAACACAUGUAACAACUUAAAUAACGGAUACCAAUUUUGCUUCAUUUGCUGCUCACACAAGAACCAUUCUUUGAGUUACAAUCCUGUGGGAGUUAACUUGAGGGAACAUAGGAUGUACAUAAGAAGCUCGUCCAUGUUGAUGGAAGAAUUUGCGGCACGCUAUGUAGGGAGGAGACCCGAGAACCCUACCACACGGAGGGUCCCUAUUCCUCCAAGUUGGUGUGAGCAUGGGUUUGGCAGCUCACCUCAUGGAGAAGCAAACGAAGCGAAAGAAAAAAAAAAAAUUAUCGUGGCGAUGGAACCGAUGCGAGCGAACCAAACGCCCAAAACUGUCCAAACGAAUGAAGCGAAUGAAGUGAAUGAAGUGAAUGAAGUGAAUGAAGCGGCUAUGUUUCCACGCUCCAACCAAGGUGCAAGACACCCCCCAGUUGUGCCCCCCCCGCCACCCCCUGCGCAGAACCGAAUGAUCCCUUUAACGGGUGAGUUCCUUGCGGAAGGUCUCCAUCCUAAGGGAGAAGGCGAAUGCCAAAACGAUACACACAACAAAAAUAGCGUGAGUGAUGCAGAGGGCGAAGGAGGACCACAGGAUAAUCGUUCCAAGGGAGAAGACGUGAAGAAGGGUGAUGAAGACGACAACGGGAGUAGUGGCAUAGCCAGAGGUACCACGACUGGUAAUGGUAAUGGAACUGCCUCUUACAACGUCAGUACCCAUUCCUAUGGUUGCACAUCUGAUCACACAUCGGGCAAUGGCUCAACUAGCUACACGUACAGUGGUCGAGGCGUAACCACUGUCGCUACCUACCAAUCCUACUUACACAAUAAUUGUGUGUACAUCCCCGAAAUGUUAAGUCACCCUCGGAGGGAGAAUAUUACACCUUAUGGUUACACCGAAGGAAGACUGAGCCCUACUGGUGAGGUGGCUCUAUCAUCCAAAUUGAAAGAGGAGGCAUGCUCCAAUUGGAAGGAGAUCAUUUGGACCAUAAAUAAGAACGAGGAGCCUAAUUGUAGUGAGCAUGCAGAAGAGAAGGAAAGGAUAUUAAUGAAGGGGAUGAACAAUACCUACGAACAUAACCAGGUGAAGGACGCAUUUCCCUACGUUCAUGCUGAGGUUACUUCCAAAGGUGAACUUCCCUUCUACGUGGGACCGGCAAAAAUCUGUAACCCCCCAGGAGAUGCGCGAGGAGGUCACCAUGACAGCGUGAAAGAAGACGAGGAAAAACUUGCGCAAGGUGAAAAAGUGAAUGAAGUUCAAAGGGAAGUUGUGAAGAAGGAGGAAAGGGGGAACGUGUGUAAUGAUGUGGAGGUAAGAAAAACUGUUUCGUUAGAAGGGGAACCCCCCCAAUGCAAUUACUUAUUAGGAGACGAGGAAGAAUCAGAGCUGCACACCGAAAAAGAAGGAGCAAGGCAGUCGAAGAGAAAAAAUAAAAUUGCUUAUCACACCGCUGAGGGAGGGUCCAUGUACAAAUAUGCAUUCCCAAGCACAUGUUUUAGUGCAAGUAGAACCAGACGCACAGGAAGAGACGCAGCUAGCAUAAUCAAGAAGAUCAAAAGGAACAAAGUAUAUACAUCCAUAAUAAACAACAUACGUAGAGAGAUGUAUGCACGGAAGGAUGCAGAAAAAACAAACGACAAAAUUAAAAAAAAAAAAAAAAAAAAAAAUCUUACUUUGGUUAGUAACAAUCACUGUUUAAAGGAAAUCAAAGAAUUGCUCUUGUUUCACGGACAGAAGGUAAUAGAGCUGGACCAAUUUGAAAAAGUUGGAAGCGAAAUGGUGUGUCGAUCAGUGGAACGAAUUCAUCCUCAUCCAUAUGAGUACCCCACCCUUUCGUGGAGAGAAGGAAGAUCCGUCAGCUCACUUCAAACAACUCUACAGAUGAUACCAAGACACAUAAACACAGACAACUCGUUAACUCAUAGAAAACGCAUGCACCAGCACUACUCCGUCGAACGCUUAUGUAAAAGUAAUGUCAUGAGGACGGGAAGAAGAAUCAAAUGGAGAAAGAAUCGACUCCAUAAUGUAAUCGAAUUUGCACGGUUCUUUAGGGAAGUGUCUCAAGUGAGAAAACCGAAAAAUGGUUCCCAUUCUGAAGGAGACUGUGAUUCAAAGGAGCUUUUAAAGAAAAAAGGAGGUGGCAGUCGCGGGGGAAGAAGCUCACCAAGCAGCCUAUCUGGUAGAACCAAUUGUAUAGAUACCCAUAUUGAAACCUCCGAUGGGGGGGAUAUCAGCAUGGAUGGUGGCACGACGAAUGACGAACUACAAGGAGCACCAAUGAAGAGAAAGAAGAGAAGAGCAUGA